CUCUCGCCUCGCGUGUAGACCGUUUGUACAGCUGUUUCACGUUGCUAAUAUUCUGCGCAAGAUGUUAUCCACGAUUUACAUGCAAGACAGUGAUGCAAACAAGCUCACUGGGAAAUAAAGGCAUUCUUGGGUGCCUGCCUUUUCCAGAAGAAGGCCCCGGUGUCUCUUCGCCCACUAUGCGGAGGCUCAACGACACCGACGCCGUCCGUAUAUAACGGAUAUUUUAUGGAAGGUAGAGGGAGAGGUUGUUCGGCUGGGGAGAGUCGGGACAUCGGCUCUGCUGCUGGGAAGAGGAGCUGGGAAGAGGAGCGUUAGCAAGCUAGCUCGUGACAGUAACAGUAGUAACAGUGACUUCUCCGUACGACGACCCAUUGGCUCGGUCAUCAUGGCUACGAAUGGUAACAACGUAACGCCCGGGAUGGGAGAGAUCAUCCAGUUAAACGUCGGUGGGACAAGGUUCAGCACCUCCAGGCAGACUCUGAUGUGGAUCCCAGACUCUUUCUUCUCAAGUUUGCUGAGUGGAAGGAUAUCCACUCUUCGGGAUGAAACUGGAGCUAUAUUUAUUGACAGAGACCCCACAGCUUUUGCACCGAUUUUGAAUUUCCUCCGAACCAAAGAAUUGGACCUGCGGGGUGUCAACAUCAGCAUCCUACGACAUGAAGCCGAGUUCUAUGGAAUCACUCCUUUAGUGCGCCGCCUGCUGCUGUGUGAGGAACUGGACCGCUCAUCGUGUGGUAGCGUUCUCUUCCACGGUUACCUGCCGCCGCCAGUCAUCCCCGCCCGUAAAUCCAUCCCUGCCCCGGCAGCCUCUUGCCCCUCCUCUGAUGAGCGGCCGGGUCCAGGUGGAGCGGAGGGCUUCACCCGUGUUGGUCCCCUUUCUCACCCUUCCCUCUCUGGCUCACCUGGAAUAGACGACAACCACAAACUGGGUCCUGUGGUUGACCCCAGGAAGGUGCUGAUUAUAGCGGGACACCACAACUGGAUUGUAGCAGCUUACGCACACUUUGUCAUCUGCUACAGGAUAAAGGAAUCUUCUGGAUGGCAGCAGGUGUUUUCCUCCCCUUACCUGGACUGGACCAUUGAACGCAUCGCGCUUAAUGCCAAGGUGGUGGGUGGCCCGCACGGAGACAAGGACAAGAUGGUGGCCGCCUCCUCUGAGAGCAACAUCAUCCUCUGGAGCAUCCAAGACGGAGGCAGUGGAAAUGAGAUAGGUGUAUUCAGUCUCGGCGUACCUGUGGAUGAUCUAUUCUUUAUUGGGAACCAGCUGGUGGCUACAAGCCAUACAGGGAAGGUCGGGGUGUGGAAUGCUGUCACACAGCACUGGCAGGUUCAAGAUGUGGUUCCUAUCACCAGCUGUGACACAGCCGGGUCCUUCCUACUACUGGGCUGCAACAAUGGGUCCAUCUACUACAUAGACAUGCAAAAGUUUCCACUGAGGAUGAAGGAUAAUGAUCUUCUAGUGACAGAGCUUUAUCACGACCCUUCAAACGAUGCGAUCACUGCGCUGUCAGUCUACCUCACACCUAAAACCAGUGUGAGUGGGAACUGGAUAGAGAUAGCCUAUGGGACUAGCAGCGGUGCAGUGAGAGUGAUUGUGCAACACCCGGAGACAGUGGGAUCGGGCCCACAGCUCUUUCAGACAUUCACUGUCCACAGGAGCCCGGUGACAAAGAUCAUGCUGUCUGAGAAACAUCUGGUAUCAGUGUGUGCCGACAACAACCACGUUCGGACGUGGACGGUGACCCGAUUCAGAGGAAUGAUCUCCACCCAGCCAGGCUCCACCCCUCUGGCUUCCUUCAAAAUACUGUCCCUGGAGGAGACGGAGAGCCAUGGGAGCUACAGCUCUGGGAAUGAUAUUGGGCCAUUUGGAGAGAGAGACGAUCAGCAGGUUUUCAUACAGAAGGUGAUCCCCAUCACCAACAAACUGUUUAUAAGGCUCUCAUCUACUGGAAAGAGGAUCUGUGAAGUGCAGUCGGUGGAUGUGACCACCAUCUCUUGCUUUAUGGUGAGGGAGUGUGAGGGUUCAAGCCGGAUGGGCUCGCGACCUCGGCGCUAUCUGUUCACUGGUCAUGGCAACGGCAGCAUCCAAAUGUGGGACCUGACCACUGCGAUGGACACCGCUAAUAAAGGAGAGGAGAGGAAGAGAGAGGAUGCAGGUGGGCCUACAGAGGAGGAGCUACUGCAGCUGUUGGACCAGUGCGAUCUGAGCACCUCCCGUUGUGCUACACCAAACAUUAGCCCUGCCCCCUCCAUGCUGCACCACACACGCCUCAGAGAGUCCUGCUCGAGUCUUCAGUUACAGGCUCAGGAGCCCAUUUCUGAGAGCCAGGCUACUUACGGAGCGGUGCGGCCCUACAGAGAGAGCCCCCUGCUGGCCCGUGCUCGACGAACAGAGUCCUUCCACAGCUACAGAGACUUCCAGAACUUCAGCCUGAGUCGAGGUGUGCUGGACAGCACCGAACAGCACAGCACACAGGGCCCCAGCCACACCCUUGAUGUCCGCCGUUCGCUGUGUGACUUUGGGCCCGAGGACAGUGAGAGGAGAGCCACGGCUAUGGAGUUCUGGGCUUGCCGAACAGCCAGUUCAAGCUCUCACACAAUAAUCGGAGCCACGACGACUGUUGGUGCUUCCGGGUCAAAGACGGAAAGCGGUCCAGAGUCUCCACGACAAGCUCCCGACAGCCCGACUCCCGGGGGCGACGUUAGGCGGAAGGUGCACCCACAACCGGAGGAGGGAGAGGGAUCGGGGGGAGAAGGAGCGAAGGCGGAGGGAGGUGUGAAGAAGAGGGGAGUACUAGAAGGAGGCUUUCUGGGGAGAAAGAGGGCUCCCCCAGUCCCCCACCUCUCCUCCCUCCCCUCUGGAUCUGAAGGCGGUGGCAGCGACUCAUCUUCCACUGCCUCCCUCUCCCCAACCAAACUGUCUUCGUCCACCUCACCACGACACAGGAAGCUGGCCCCUGAGAUGUCCAAUCAGGACAGCAGCCUGUGAUGGUGCUCACCACCCUUUUCUUUAGAGGUUAGCGGAAUCAUCCUGUAGGACCAUGAGGGAGAUGAGUUCUGGGUAUCACAGAAGAGGAGGAAUGUGGUUCAUGAUGUAGCUGGAUGAAGGAGCUUCUUGUUUUGGGACUCCACAUGAGGACGGGUCUCCUUUGGUUCCUACGCUGAAGAACUUUUAUUUAAACCAUGCACCUUUUUUUCAGUGGAAGUCAUUAGUGUCAUACUUUUAACUACAGAAACUAUCUGACGCGACGGAGCAGUUACACCAUCCCAACGCAAACAGCAUCUCAACCAGGGAAAGAUUUCAUUUUUGAUCUUUUAAAUGAUUUCAAAGUUUUAUGACACUUGUAAAAUCUGCUGGGCACAACUGGAGCUCCUACGACUCUGUUUCUGUUGGUGUAACAGAUGACGGGUGACAGUACCUGUAUGUUGGGCCGGGUGUUGUCAAGGGCGUAUCGUUGCUGCUGUUUGGUUGAAGCACAAGCAAGUGUUAAGCCAGCGAUGUAAAGCUCGUUUCAUUAACUCAUCGAGGUUCAGGCGAAUUAGAAUGAUUAGAAAAAACAAGCACAGUACUAGUAAUAGAACGAGGGUUAAUCUAUGUAGUGAUCGCUUUAUCUAGCGAGACCCUUAAACAGACAAUGGAGAAAAAUGGAAUUUACAAAAGGCACAGUUUGUACUUUUAUAAAAUAUUUAAACUGUUUUAUUGACGUACAGUCUGAUGAGAAAUAGUUUGUUCAGAACCUGACGUAAAUCAGUCAAGCUUACUUCUACAUCUGCUUUUGAACAGAAAGCUAACAGCUGACAAUUUCUGUCAUUGUCAAAACCAUAUCAAAAAUAAUUAAAAGUAUUAAUUUUACAAAGAUACAAAACCAAAAAAAAAAGAUGCAAAUUCCUACAUUUGAUAUUUGUGUCAAUUACCUUGUUUUUUGUGAGUGACCAAACAAUUAACCGACUAAUCGCUUCAGCAUUUCAGAUUCGUCAAAAAGGAUUCGGCCCCUUUCAAAAACUCACCAUCAUGUGAAGUAUCUCCGACAACAUGUGCAAUCUGUAUCCGAGCCGGAACCUUGGCAGCUACUUGAACCCUCACGUGUAUCUACUUCGCUGCAGCCAGAGACUCGAUGGUUUCUAUUGUUGAAGCAAUGACACAAAAAGCCGCAGCUGGCUAUUUGAAACGUACCGUUACGAGUUCCAGGCCCAUUGCGUUAUUAACGUACACUGUAGCAGUAGCAUAGUAGCCCCACUGCUCCUCAACAACGCUGAAAGAAGAACCGUCGUGUGUGUGUGUGUGUGUGUGUGUGUGCGUGCGUGCGUGUGUGUGUGUGUGUUCGGACAUUCGACUCGUCACAGGCGAACAGGAAAUGCACAGGUGAAACACAUGCCAUUAGUGACGGCUUGUUUCCAUCGAGUGUCCCAGUAAGCCAUGACAGUGAGCCAGCAUGCACACACCCUGGACCCUGAGACCAGCCCCGCUAAAUGGCAUGCAGAUGUUUUUAGUGUCAUCAGUACACCUGUGCUUUUACUGCUGUGGACGAGCCAAAAUGUCUGCCAUCCAAUCCAACCGCAGCAUUUUGAGGAAUUCUCACAAAACAUUUGUAGAUGUGAGUUUGAAACAAUGAACGCUCUGUGGUGUUGUGUGAGAACCUUUUCCUCGAUGUCUAAACAGAGAGAAAUAAUUCAUAAUUCAGCUAGAAAAAGACAAACUAAAUUCAGUCUGUUUUCACAGUGGUGCCUGCGCAAGAUCACACUAAUUAUUAUUUAUAUAUAUUAUUUUUUACAGUAUCACAAUAUAAAUACACUCAACUCAAUACAAGGACCUGGUAAACUACAUCACUUUACUCCUGUUGAACCAGGUUUUUACGUGUCUUUGUUUUGGAUGACUGUUGCAGUGCCUUAUUUAACUUGUUUGACGGUUAUUAGUUUGUGUGUUUUCAUUGAAAAGGAUUUUGACCAAAGGCUUGUGAAGACUGUGGUGCCACAUAACAGACCUGUCCACUCUGGCUUUGGGUAAAACUGAGUCCUGAUAGAUUCACACCGGACCAAAUCAGAUUGUACGAGUGGUCACUUGAAUCCAUUGGCAUUACAGUUCAUAUUAGAGUCUGUUCUAUUGUAAAUUGUACAUAAUCUUGACAUAGAUGAAGAAAGUCCAUCUUGGCUAUGAUAUAGUUGUGAAGGUCUAAAAGGACAGCUGAGGGUUAAAUGGCAGCAACCUUAAUUAUUGACUUUGUGAGCUAAACCUGCUUCUUUACUGCUUAACCUCAUCACAUCCCCCGUGAGAAAACAAGACAUCAAGCCAGCCCUUGAUCUACGGUACUCAUGUAAUCACUGUGGGGACAACUGUAAAAAAUUGUGACUGUAAAACAAAACAAAAAAAAAGGCAAAUAUAUGAAUGUAAAUUAUAAUUUGCCAAAUCCAGCAGCUCUAUUCCCUUCUUUCAAGUUGUUUUUAGCACACUGCUUAUCAUUUAAGCAUUGUCGGAUGAACUGGCCGUGUGGUCCCUGCCUGUACAAAGAUGUACAUUUUUAUACACUUAUUAACUGUCUGAAAAGUAGACAUACAUAUUCAAAACAAAAUCCUAACGUGGAUGCAUUGAUGUGUGUUGAUGUGUGUCGAUACUUACACUGUUGUCAUUACAUAUUGUUGAUAAUCAUAAAAUGCCUAUAUUGAUAUUACCGUGCUUAUGGACCUAACUGCAUUUGCACUUGCACUAUUAAGACGAAUACUAAAGUAAAUGACUAGUGUUUAUUUUAUAUAGAAAUAUAAAGUUUAAAGUCUAUUUCAGCACAUAACUGUCUGUCUGUCUUCUGAAGAUCUGUCUGUCCCUCUCUGGCUACGUUUACAUGAUAUUACAGCCAGAUUCUAGCGAGCUAAAAAGAAUACACAUCUGUCUGUUUGAACUGUAUAUCAUUGUUUAACAAUAUGUAUGUGAGCAAAGCUGCAUUAUGUUAUUUCAUUUAUCAGAUGUAACAUUGAACCCUUCAGAGCCUCAAUGUUCAUGCAAUUUAAACUACAACUGUGUUCACUAAAACCUCUCAAAACUG